CUAUCCCCUUGAACUGAAGAUGAAGAGAAAAAAAGAGGGAGAGGAGUGGUACGGAAAGAUAUACAACUACUUCAGUGAGGAGAUUGAAGAACCCGCAGAUGUGGAGAAAAAGAUUCGAGAAGCUCAGAAUGAAAUGAGGGACAUCAGUGAUUACCUCAUCAGUCUAGAGAUCGCCUCUCCUGAUGUUCCAGACCUGACACUCAUUGACUUUCCCAACAUUGCCUGGGCAGCAAGAAUGGGAGAACCAGAGAACAUUGGAGACCAGUUGAUACAGAAGUUCAUCAAGAAACAAGAAACCAUCAACGUGGUGGUUGUUCCAUGCAACGUGGACAUAGCAACCACAGAGGCUUUGAAGAUGGCACAGGAAGUGGAUCCUGAUGGAGAGAGGACUUUGGUUAUUUUGACCAAGCCUGAUCUGGUAAAAAAAGGCACAGAAGAGACGGUGAUUGACAUUGUUCAUAAUGAGGUCAUCCACCUAAAGAAGGGCUACAUGAUCGUCAAGUGCAAAGAGAUCACAGAGAAGGUGUCUCUUCCUGAAGCAAUAGAAAGAGAGAAAGCUUUCUUCAAAGAUCACGCAUAUUUCCACACCCUCUACAAUGACGGUCAUGCCACUGUUCCUAAACUGGCUGAAAAACUCACUCUUGAGUUAGUGCAUCACAUUGAGAGAUCUCUGCCACGACUGGAAGAGCAGAUAGAAGAGAAACUAGAACAGACUCGUGCAGAGCUGGAGAGAUAUGGCAACGGACCCCCAUCUGACUCAGCUGAGAAACUCGUCUUCCUCAAUGAUAAAGUGACUGCAUUCACUCAGGAUGCCAUCAGGCUGACCAGAGGAGAAGAAUUGAAGUCUGGAGAAAGGCUCAAUGUCUUUUCUACACUCAGAACAGAAUUCAUGAAGUGGAAUGCCUACCUGAACCACUCAGGAGAAAUCUUUGGAAAGAGGAUUGAGAGAGAGGUGGCGCAGUAUGAAGAGAAGUAUCGUGGAAGAGAACUACCAAGCUUCAUCAACUACAAGACGUUUGAGGUCAUUGCCAAGGAGCAGAUCAAACAGCUGGAAGAAUUAGCUGUCAAGAGACUCAAGAACAUAGGAGAUGCUGUUAUGAAGGUUUCCAUACAGCUGGCUAAGAAUAGCUUCACCGGAUUUCCUAACCUCCUGGAAAAAGCCAUGACAAAGAUCAAUUACAUAAAGAAUCGAAAUGAGUCCACUGCUGAAUCCAUGCUGAGAAACCAGUUCAAGAUGGAGAUGCUUGUUGACUCUCAGGACAGGACCUACAGCAGCAGUCUGAGUGACAGCAAGAGAAAAGAGAGAGAAGAAAAAGAGAAAGGAAUACAUGGCAAUCAUGCAACACUUCAGGAGCUGAUGUUGCAAGUUAAAUCUUAUUACGAAAUUGCCAGCCAGCAUCUGGAUUACCAGGUCCCCCUGGUGAUUCGUUACCAGAUCUUGCAGGAGUUUGCUGUCCAGCUGCAGAGGGAUAUGCUACAGAUUCUACAAGAGAGAAUGUAUUCAACGCCCUUGUUGGAGGAGGAUUGUAACACUAAAAGUGAGAGGGCUGAUUUGCAGAGUCGCCUCAAUCGCCUCAUAGAGGCCCACGCAUACCUCGUGGAGUUCUAGAGGGGGUCACAAUCUGAAAGCAUGAUCUUGUUUUUUGACCUGUCACAUACAUUCAUGAUUUUGGAGUUGGUAUAUUAUUUGUAAUACAGUAUCUACCCAUCAUUUGUACCUCAUGAAAAAACUAAUAAUGAUAAUAAAAGAAGAAUAAAAUGUGGAUUGGGUUGUAUGUGUCUGAAAUUAGAUCAAUGAAUAUUGGCGUUUCUUGUGGUCGGUCCAAAUAAAAGAAUAGAAGCUUUU